GAGCGCGAGCGGCUGGGGAAUGGCUGCUGCCAUGGUGCCGGGGCGCAGCGAGAGUGGGGAGCGCGGGGAGCCUGGCCGCCCGACCCUGUACUUCUGCGGGAGCAUUCGCGGCGGACGCGAGGACAGGACGCUGUACGAGCGGAUCGUGUCUCGGCUGCGGCGAUUCGGGACAGUGCUCACCGAGCACGUGGCGGCCGCCGAGCUGGGCGCGCGCGGGGAAGAGGCUGCUGGGGGUGACAGGCUCAUCCAUGAGCGGGACCUGGAGUGGUUGCAGCAGGCAGACGUGGUCGUGGCAGAAGUGACACAGCCAUCCUUGGGUGUAGGCUAUGAGCUGGGCCGCGCCGUGGCCUUUAACAAGCGGAUCCUGUGCCUGUUCCGCCCACAGUCUGGCCACGUGCUUUCGGCCAUGAUCCGGGGAGCAGCAAAUGGCUCUCGGUUCCAGGUGUGGGACUAUGAGGAGGGAGAGGCGGAGGCCCUGCUGGAUCGAUACUUCGAGGCUGAUCCUCCAGGGCAGGUGGCUGCCUCCCCUGACCCAACCACUUGACUUAAUCUCACUUUCUUAAAUUCUUCUAUUCUCAGACACUGCUCUAGUACCAUUCCUUCCUCUUAGCCCCGGGAGCAAAUUAAAAGGUACAGUUAAAAUCCUAA